AUGGAAUUAUCUUCGAGUUACACUGUUAAUGUUAGACAAAAAUGCUAUAUUCCUGGUGCAAUGUUUGGUUCAUUUUCAUUCAUCAACAUUUUUUCUGGAAAAGAGGUUGUAGAUGCUGAAAAUGGCAUGCAAAACAUGAUUGAGGUUGCGGUUACUUUGCGGAUACUGCAGUUAAUCUAUAAAGAAUGUGCGUCAUCAAAGCAUAAGAUUAGCAUUGCCGUGUUAUCUCCACACCCUGCUCAAGUUCAAUAUCUGCAGCAGAAAGUUGAAAUGCACUACAAAAACAAUGAGCUUUUAAAGGUAAAAGUCCGGUUUUUUCAAGAUUACGAGGGUGCAGAAGAUGUUACGAUAAUAUCAACAGUGGGAGCUGAUGGAGAUGAAUUCAACGAGCUCGAGAGAAGUCGACAACUGAACACUAAUGACUAUUUCAAAUCGGAAAGACGCUGUCUAUGGAUUCUAGGAGAUGAAAGGGCGCUCCUGAAGGGUGGGUCGUACUGGGAACCAUUAAUUCUCGAGGCUAAGGCUCGUCAAUGUUUCUUUUUGGCGGAUGAACAAAAGGAGCUCGCAAAGGUCGUAGUUGAAGUCAAGAAAGAUCUUCAUGAGCUUGACGAGUUACUUAUUGGGGAGACCUCACUCUUCCAAAAUACCACAUGGAAGGUUUUCUUUAGCAGCAAGUUUAUAACAUCAUUUUCAAACAUUGAGUCAUUGGAGACCAAAAAACUAGUACUUCUGAUGCUGCUAAAGCUUUCUACUGGGUGGAGGCCGAAACGGAGUUCGACUACAGCUUCUGUUAGUGGAAGCCCAUAUUCUGAUCUUAUGAGAGAAUUCAAAGUUCAAGGAUUGCAUCUUCUAUGUACUAUAGACAUUGUUAAGGAUUCACAUUAUGUCCAAGCCUUGAAAGUUUGGGACAUACUGCCGUUUCAUGAGAUCACAGAGUUAAUAAAACGAUUAGAACAAAUCAUCAAGAUGUAUACUCGGGAGUAUAUUAACUAUUGCAAGGCAAGAUGUGUUCAAAAGGGUUCUGAGUUUCCGUUGAACUGGCCUGCGACUACUGAAAUUGUUCAGUAUAAGUUUCAGAAUACAAACUCUUGUGAGGAAAUGUUUGUGGAUGAAGGUGUUGAAAAUGUGAAGGUGCGUGAAAGUUUGACACUAAUGAAGUUCUACCAGUUUUCACAUGGAGUAGUAAAUAGUAUGAUCUCUGGAUGUGAUGGUGGGGUUCUUGGGCUUCCUAUUGAGCUCACUGAACAAGAAAAGGAUGUUGUUUCUUUUAACAAAAGCAGCUUCAUUCUGGGAAGAUCUGGAACUGGAAAAACUACAGUGUUAACUACAAAAUUAUUCCGAAAUGAACAGCUUCACCAUUUAGCAUCUGAAGGAUUUCAUGAAAACAUGGAAAUCAAUGAGGAGGUGAUCAAGCAAGAUGUGCUACAUCAACUUUUUGUUACUCUCAGUCCAAGACUUUGCCAUGCAGUGAAGCAGCAAGUUGGUGAAUUUAAUAGAUUGACAUGUGGUAGUUCAUCAUCCAAAAGCAGCUCAGGGGUUACUGAUGAUAUUGAUAAAAUGAUGUUGUCUGAAGAUAUUCCAGAUCACUUUAUUCAUCUUCCCCAGAACAAAUAUCCACUUAUCAUAACAUUCCAUAGAUUCCUACUAAUGCUUGAUGGAACAGUUGGUAGAUCAUACUUUGAGAGAUUUCCUUGUGUUAGGCAGCUCCUUUGUGGCAAUAACACAAGUAACUCAAGACUCAGUGUUUUGGAACAAUAUAUGAGGUUCAAGGAUGUUACUUAUGAGAGAUUUUGUUCACUUUACUGGCAUCACUUCAACAAUAAGCUGAGAAAAAGUUUUGACACCUCCACAGUUUAUACUGAAAUAAUGUCUGUUAUAAAGGGUGGAUUAAUGGCAGGAAAGGCUCCAAAUGGGAUCCUCUCUAGAGAAGAUUAUGUUGCUCUUUGUGAUGCCCGAACUUCCAUUUUGGAUGCACAAAAGAGAGAAAUGAUCUAUUCCAUAUUUGUUCAGUAUGAGAAGAUAAAACUGGAAAAAGAAAAUUUUGAUUUGGCUGAUUUAGUGAAUGAUCUUCAUCAAAGACUUGAAUUUGAAGGGUACAAGGGAGAUUAUAUGGAUUAUGUAUAUAUUGAUGAAGUUCAAGAUCUUACAAUGAGGCAGAUUUUGCUUUUCAAAUACGUUUGUACAAAUGUUCAGGAGGGCUAUGCUUUUUGUGGAGAUACAGCCCAGGCUAUAGCAAAGGGUAUUGGAUUCAGAUUCGAAGAUAUAAGGUUGCUGUUUUUCAGCCACUUCCUUUUGGGUUCAGAAAAGGGAACAAUGUCCAGGAUAUUUCAAUUAAGCCAGAACUUUCGCACACAUACUGGAGUUUUAAAUUUGGCCCAAAGUGUUAUCGACCUUCUUUUCCAGUUUUUUCCUUUGUUUGUUGAUGCUUUGAGGCCAGAAACUAGUCGAAUAAGUGGGGAACUACCUGUUCUUCUUGAAACUGAUACAAGUGAUAAUGCUAUUAAAACAAUAUUUGGAACCAAUAAAGUUGGUAGUGAUCAGAAAGUCAUUGGAUUUGGUGCUGAGCAAGUCGUUUUAGUUUGGGAUGAAUACCUUAAAGAGAAGGUAGUCAAUAUUGUUGGCAAGAAUGCCCUUGUUCUAACAAUCAUGGAGUCUAAAGGAUUAGAAUUUCAGGACGUAUUGUUAUAUGACUUUUUCACUACAUCAUCUUUCUCAAAUGAAUGGCGAAUCAUUUAUGAGUAUAUGAAGGAAAAAGACCUCAACAUGAGCUCUACUGUAAUGUGUUCAUCUUUCGAUAUGGAAAAGCACGUUGUUUUAUGCAGUGAACUGAAGCAGUUGUAUGUAGCGAUCACUCGAACAAGACAGAGAUUAUGGAUUUCUGAAACUACAGGUUUCUCUCAACCAAUCUUUGAUUACUGGAAAAAGUUAAGCCUUGUUGAAGUCAAACAUUUGAAUGCUUCCUUUGCUGAAGAAAUGAAAAUUCCAAGCAGUAAAGACGAGUGGAAAGCACGUGGCGUAAAGUUAUAUUAUGAGAAUAACUUUGGGAUGGCAAAGAUGUGCUUCAUGAAGGCUGAGGACAAGGAUUCUGAAAGAUUGGCAGAAGCAUAUCAACUACGUGCAAUUGCUGAAGGCAUCCACACUUCAGAGGUAGAAAGGAAGAAGGUCUUUAAGGAAGCUGCUGAGCUAUUUCAGUCUCUUGGAAAGCAUAUGUUGGCUGCUGAGUGCUUCUAUGAGAUGGAGGAUUAUAAAACAGCUGCUGAGGAAUAUGAGAAGGUUGGAGCUUUUGCAAAGUGUCUUUCUGCUUGCUCUGAUGGAAAUUUAUUUGAAAUGGGUAUUCGGUUCAUAGAGCAAUGGGGAGGUUGUGGGGUUGCCGAGCAAGAGUUUUUGAGAAAAGGUGCUCUUUACUAUUUUGGUGUCAAGGAUUUGAAAAGAAUGAUGAAAUUUGUUAGUUCUUUUCACUCAAAGGAUGAGAUGCGGAAAUUCUUAACAAAAAAGAGAUGCUUUGAUGAACUUAUAUCCCUGGAAGUAGAAUGGGGUAACAUUCAAGAAGCUGCAAAGGUGCUUGACAAAUGUGCUCUUUACUAUCUAGGUGUCAAAGAUUUGAAGAGUAUGAUGACAUUUGUUCGCUCUUUUCAUUCCAGGGAUGAGAUGAGGAUCUUCUUAACAAAAAAUAGGUGCUUUAAUGAAUUAAUAUUGCUGGAAAUAGAAUGGGGUAACUUUGAAGAGGCUGCAAAGGUCUCAAGGCUUAAAAUAAAUCCGAAAGCUGACCUUACUCGCAUGGUUAGAGUUCACAAGGAAUCAUCACUUCUAAUCCUGUGGCAUGUCUUCAUGAACUCUGUGGUUCUUCAAAGCACGGAUGAACCUUUUGGACAGAAGGAUGAAUUACUACAUGAGGCUGUUGUAAUCGCCAAAAGUGACUCUAAUUUCUUCCAUCAGUUUGUGUGCAAAGAGGCGAGCAUUUUGUCCGAAGGAAAAAAUCAAGAAGAGUUAUUAAUAAAAGGCCUUGAGUUCAUAGAUUGUUACAAAAAAAAUUCUUUAGCCAUGAGUUUGAAGCAUGUGAAGACGACUCAUGAAGUAGACAAAAUUGAAAAAGAUUUGCUUCACCUAAUGCGUUCCUUUUUCAAGUCUGUAAACCGUAUAAAUGAGCUUCAGAUACUGCUAGAAAUAUGUGGAAAGUUUGUAGAAGCAGCAAACUGUGGUAACGAAGAUAAUCAAUCAAUUGAAGCAGCAUUGAGCAGACUUUGGUAUGUCUUCUUUGGAUCUCUUUGGGCUCAUGGGAAUCGAGCAUGGCCACUAAAGCACUUUAAACAGAAAAACAAGCUCCUUCAUGAUGCGAACUUGUAUGUGGAUUAUUGUGAUCCUUCUUCGAAGGAUUCUGCAUUGGUGCGUACAGAGAUAAGCAUUUUAUCAAGUGUAGAUAUCAGCUUAUAUGACAUGUGGAGAUAUUUGAGUGAAACACCAAAAGAAAAAAGCCUUAUGAUACACUAUCUGCUUUCCCGAAGAAUUCUUGAUGUUUACCUCGGUUCGGAUUGCAGUGUCAAUGCUAGUAUUGAAACAUGGGUUGAUGAUGUGAAACUUAAGCAUUUAGAAAGCGAGUUUUCCAACAAUGUUGUCUCCAUUGAAGGUUUGAUUUACUUUUGGAGUUAUUGGAAGGAACUGAUAAGGGAACUAAUCAACCAGUGCUCUACAUGGGAUCACUGUGGCAAAGAUAGUAAAAUAUACACGGAUUUCAUUUCCAAUUAUUUUGGGAUAAGGAGUUACGAUGGAGAUGAGAAAGGAAGCUAUGUUGUGCUCAAUGCUGAAGCCCAUUGGGUGAAAAAUAUGAAUCCUGUUAUGCGUAGGAACAGACAUUUCCACAUCAUUGAUGCUUGUGAAUUUUCUUCUGUGGCUUCACGAUAUUGGUGUUCGGAACUACUGUAUGUUUCCGAAAAAGUGUUGAAGCUUCAGUCUAUUCAUGCUUAUUCAACUGUGAAAAAAUUCUCCAUUCAUCAACGUAUGAAAAUACUUGCAAAUUAUUUUAAAGUUACAAAAUCACUUCAGAAAUGCAAGCUUCCGAAUGGGUGGCAUCGUGCUGGUUGGAUUAUCGAUCAAUCUUUCAAAUUUUUCGUGGAUGAGUUCAUGAUCAAUGUGUUUCACAUCAACUGGAAUAUCGCCCAGUCAAAAGAAAUGAUAUCUCUGAGGGGAAAUGAAACAUUUCUGAGUAUGCUUAAAGAAGCAAUCAACAUAAACAGCAAAUCACCCAAAGAUCUAACAUGUGGGCAGCUUGGGAGAAUAGCAAUGAUAAAGCUAGCAUACCGAAUGAUUGACUUCAAUGAUGAUACUAAGAGAAAAGUUAGAUAUUGCUCUUCCCUGAACUGGAGAGCUUUGUUUGAUAAACUCAAGGAUGAUAAAUCAAGUUCCACAAAUGUGGACUUAGCUAUAAGUUUACAUAAUGUACUGAAAGAGACAACGUUUUCUGCAGGUUGGCUGAGAGCCGAUGACUGUAUGUCACCUACUUGCUUCUUAUAUCUUAUAGAGCGUCUUCUAAUCUUGUCAUUUUGCUUUCGUGGUCACUUUUUCAUGACAAGAUCUUCUUGCGUUGAAUGGCUUACUUAUGAGGAACGGAGUGUGGGUUCAGAUGUUGGCCAUGUUAUAUCUUUGGACAUCAUGAAGGAUAUCCCUCUUUCUUUGGUUUCAAUGGUUAUGAAAAUGUUGAAUUCCCGGGAUGAUUUAUUGGAAUGGAUCACAAAAUCAAAGGAGUUGUAUGACAUUUUGGUUUUGCGAUUAACUGUUCUUCUUUCCAUGAUCUGUGUAAACUCGGGAGAACACUAUCAUCAUCUGCUUGAUUCUUUGGGAUGCCCUCAUCUUGCAUCUAUACUGCCUUCUACAUUUGCUGAGGGGUUAAUCAAGGGUGUAAAGGAAGACUGUUUAGUUGAUGCUCUUGCUGUUGCCUGUGAAAAGAUAGACAAUCCACUCGUCAUUGCGAGUUUCACAAAAGAUUCUUCAAUGGUCCCAUGUGGAAAUGCCAUAUUUCUGAACAUGGUGGAACAGGACUUUACCCGGGAAAAACUCAUAAAAUUACUGUAUUAA